UCAAUCAUUCAGUUUUUCAUAUCACCACUGGCUCCACUAUACUUUGAAAUGAGUAACUCAAUGUUAAGGUUGUGCUUGAUCUUCCUAACCAUGUCUAUGAUGGUCUUCAUGUCAUCAGCCAUAACCCCCAGAGUUGGUUUCUAUAGAACAAGUUGUCCUUCUGCAGAAGCAAUUGUGAGAAAAGCUGUACACAAAGCCGUGGCGAAGAAUCCUGGCAUUGCUGCUGGCCUUAUCAGAAUGCAUUUCCAUGAUUGCUUUGUCAGGGGUUGUGAUGCAUCUGUCCUACUUGAUUCAACUCCUGGAAAGCUAUCUGAAAAAGAACAUCCGGCAAACAACCCAAGCUUAAGAGGCUUUGAAGUGAUCGAUCAGGCAAAGGCGGAACUUGAAUCUCUAUGCCCGAGAACUGUGUCAUGUGCUGACAUUCUUGCAUUCGCAGCUCGUGACGGUGCCUUGGCAGUUGGUGGCAUAAACUACCAAGUGCCUUCAGGGAGGCGUGAUGGGAGAGUUUCAUUAUUUGACGACCCUUCCCAAGAUCUUCCUUCUCCUUCUUCGAAUGCCAAGGAGCUCGGGGAUAGUUUUGCACCCAGCAAAGGCUUUAGCUUGGAUGAAAUGGUUACAUUAUCUGGGGCGCAUUCCAUUGGUGUGUCACAUUGUUCUUCCUUCACGAACCGCUUGUAUUCCUUCAAUAAAACUCACCCACAAGACCCUUCCUUGGAUCCCAAGUUUGCUAGGGACUUGAAAGCCAAGUGUCCUCCAUCCUCAUCAAACAAUGUAGUCCAACUUGAUGGUCUUACACCAAACAGGCUUGACAAUAAGUACUACACCAACUUGAUGAACCAUCGUGGCCUAUUUGAGUCGGAUCAAACUCUUCUUAGCAGCCAUUCAACGGCGGGGAUGGUGAGGAAUAAUGCUAGACUUGGUCCAGCUUGGGCUAAGAAUUUUGCAUCCGCUAUGGUGAAAAUGGGUUCCAUUGAUAUCCUCACAGGAAGACAGGGUGAGAUCAGAAAAAAGUGCAGGGUUGUGAACUAGCUAGCUAGAAGAACUCUAAGGGUUUGUUGGUUCGAUCAUAUUGAAUUUGUUUGUUUGUUGUCACCGUUUUUUCAUCAGUUAGGUAAAAUUCUUUCGUCUAAUUAUUUGA